UCUUCCUUUCAUUUUGUGUCUUUCUCUGAGAUCUGAAUGAAUAGAAAUUGUUAAAAAGGGCAAAGAAAGAUGUUUUAUUCGCAUACGUUUUUGUCUCGUAAGGCCCCUCUCGGGACAGUGUGGUGCGCCGCUCAUCUCCAGCACCGCCUCAAGAAGUCUCAGUACAUCGCCACCGAUAUCCCCUCCACCGUUGAUCACAUCAUGUUCCCCGAAGUUCCUAUUGCACUAAGAAUGUCAGGCCACCUUCUUUUGGGCGUUGUUCGAAUAUACUCUAAGAAAGUUGAUUAUCUUUUCCAUGACUGCAAUAUCGUCCUGAUUGGGUUAAGAAAGGUCUUCACUUCCACACAGGUUAAUUUGCCUGAGGAUGCAAGACAGGCACCUGUUCAAUCUAUCACUUUGCCGGAGACAUUGGAUCUUGAUGCCAUGGAAUUGGAUGGUGAUAUGUAUUAUGAAGGAGCUUCAGAUAAUCAUCUCACAAGUCCAGAAGAUAUAACACUUACAGAUCAAAUUCCCGUUGGGAGGGAUGCUUACGUUGCUGUAACUUUUGAUGAGGAUAUCAUGAUGGAUGCAUCACCUCCAGAAGCAUUUCUCAAGUCUAGGUCCAUACCGAUGACAGUCAAUCUUCAUGAACCUCCAGAGAAUGGUCAUGUGGGUUUUCAAGAUCCUGCUCCACACGAUCAGAUACAAGUGCCUAGUGUAAUUGCUGCUUUUCAGGAUCCAGGUCCUAGUAAUCACACAGGAGUACAUGGUGCAGCAGAAGAAAAACUUGUACCAAAUAAUCAGACACAAGUACUUGAGUCUAUUACCAAUGAAAGUUCUCAAGAUUUUCCAGAAAUUGAAACAAUGCGUGAUGCUCCCCAUGACUUUUACACCCAAAACCUCCUGUCGGUGUGUUCAGAUCACAGAAAUAAUCCAACUGAAGUGACUGGUUCUUUGGAGCAAGUCCUGAAUGAGAAGGAAAUCCAUACUCCAAGUUUGAACAUUUUAGCUUCUGGCGAGUUGUCUAUGCCUUUUCAGCAGCACUCGGACCCACCAGUUUCUGCUUCAAAUGGGCCUCCAGACGUUUCAUUUGUGUGUGCAUCACCUCAUCUUGUCAUUCAACCAUCCCCACCACAGCAGCAGCCAAGACAGAGACGAAUAGCACGGCGGAGGUUCUUUGAUGAGAAAUUGGUUUUACCUAAUAGGUUGAUGAAGAGGGCGCUUGAAGAUUGUAGUGAUCUAGUAAGGAAGAGAAGGAAAAUUCCAUGCUCUGCUUUGGGUGUAUGGAAGUGGAAUAACAAUCGAAGAAUAGAGCAGGUUUUUAAUGAGCCUUUGUUAACUGGGUUGUGUGGAGAUAUAUGUAAUAUGUUCAAAAGGGACUAUAUCUCUACAAAAUCCCAGUUGGUGGUGCCACAGGAAGUUGCCCCAGAACCUACAGUACCAGAGUCUACUGCUCCUACAACUGAAGUUAUCUCUGAGCUCAGGAUUGGGACCCCUGUACCAGAUCCCAGAGUUGAAUUUUCUCCUGCUUCAGCAACUGAAAUUGACAUGGAAAUUGAACGUCUUCGAUGUAAUGAAAGCAAUGUGGCUGACAAUGUUUUUCCUGAAUUUGAGUCUUUCCCAGCUGGAUCCAUGCCUUCUCCAUUUAGAAGGGAUGACUCUCCUUUCUCAACUAACAGUUUAGAAUCAGAGUUGGGCCCUAAGGCAGGAGUAGCUAGCACACCAAAUAUUGCACCAUCUACUGGAACUCACGGAUCCAAGGUUCAUACACAUAGGACAUCAUUGGAGGAGCAAUCAUGUCCGGGGAACACUGAAUUUUCAGCUAUUCCUGAAUUUGGGUCUUCUGAAGCGGAUCUUUAUUUUUUGGAAGAAGAUGGUAAUACACUGACAGAAUCCAUAGCAAGCCAAGGGGUGGAUUCCUUAUCUCCGAGAACAAGGGCAGUGGCUAAAUACUUGAAAAGUUAUUCCUCUUUAAGCCCACUCUCAGAAGAUUCUCAUGGAGAUCUCAGUUUGAACAAGAUUUUAGAAGGGAAAACAAGAAAAAUAUGUGCUCGAAUGUUCUUUGAGACAUUGGUUUUGAAGAGUUAUGAACUGGUUGAUGUACAACAAGAACAACCUUAUGGUGAUAUCACUUUGAAGAUGACUGCUACUCUAGCGAAGGCUGAAAUGUGAGGUUAUAUCUGAGCCAUAUUUGCUAAGCAGAAUUUUUUGUUUCACAAAAACGGAGUUGUUUCGCUUUUAGGAAGGG